AAUUUCAUUCCCUCUCACCACUAUCCCUCUCAAAUACUCUCUUUCUCUCUCUAGAAUUUUAUGUAUUUUAUUUCUUCCAAGAAGCUUCAAGCUUCCAUUAAUGGCUUUUAAGCUCAAAUCAUGUACCAGACUAUGUCUGUUGGCACUUUGUGAUUUUGCACUGUGAGGGGUUCAUGUGUUGGUCGGAAAUGGCGGGCUGCUGUGAGCAAAGGAUCGAAGUACGGAGUCUCUCCGGCGAGAGGACAACCGCUUCCGUGUCGCCGAACCUUACCGUUCAACAACUCAAGCUCAUUCUCAAGCAAACUUUUAUCCCCGCAUCUUCUUCCUCCAAUUUCCAUCUAUUUUUCAAGGGAACAAAAUUGUUAUUAGAGAAUAAGGUUAGCAGCUAUUCAAUUGGUGAUGAAGAUUUUUUGGUUCUUGUUCCUUUUGCAAAGAAGGAUAGACUAAAGUCUGAACACUCUGCAACGUCCCCAGCUAUGUCAGAAUUUGCAACUUCAAAGCAAUCUGAAUCAACAUGGUGUGAUGUGGUGGAUGACCUGUCAGUUUUGUGCAGUGAAAUUAACAGCAAAGAUCAAAAUGAUGUUGAGAAUGAGACAAUUAGUUUGGGAACAAACAUACAUUCAAAUAAUGGGAAUUUCACUUUGAAUAAUUCUUCACAAAGGAAACGCAAGCUAAAGUCCCAAGUUAUUAAGACAUAUGGACCUACAGAUGAGCUCAUAUUUGACAUCCUGCAGUCAUUUAGCAGUAGUAUAGUGGAGCAAACAUCUAAAUUUGUUAUGGUUUUAGACUCAGUUAAUUGCUUAAGUGAUCCAAAUUCAGGGAACUGCAUAUGCAUUGAAGCUCAAACACCGAACAAUGAGAUGGAUCCACGUUCUGGAAAAAAUAAAUUUUGCUUGUGCCCAUCAUGGUUGAAAAGUAAACUGAAAUUAUUUUCUUUCAUAAAUGUAUAUUAUGCUGUUACUCAACUUCAACAUGGACAAGUUACUAUGUAUUCUCUGAAGAGAGCACUUGAUGAAAUUGCUAAGUUUGGAUUUCAAGCCAGUAUAACAGAUGUUGAGUAUCUCUCUGACCUGUGUACAAAGCUUAUAAGAAUUGUUGACAAUUAUGAUGCAACAAUUACUUGUACCAAUGCUAUCGUGAUCAUUAAAUCUUCAAGUGAACAAGGCGAGCAGCACGAUGUUGCUAAAAAGUGUAUCCCAGAAUCAAAGAUAAUCAGUUCAAUGAAAAGACGGCAAGAGUGCUUCAAUACGAGUCUUUUGAAGGCCUUAAGAUCAUUAAUGCUUGAAGAUCGAAGCAAGUUUUCUAGUUUCUCCUUGGAAGAUUUCAUUCUGCAUGUGAAGCAGUGCAGUGAUGUUUCAAAUGGGAACAAAGUGAAACCAUCUGAUUCUCAUUCAUUUAAAGCACUUUGUCAUGUAUGAUUCAUUCCUUUUUACCCUCUCAUGCAUUGCGAUUCCCUAUAUUAUUAGAGUUUCAUCAAGUAGCAAUGUAGGCAGACUGUGUGCUGAGAAAAGCUCUAUUAGCUGUCUAUCUGUUGAAUAAUGAAAUGUUGAUCUA